AUGUCCUUGCUCAGCGUCACAGUAAAAAAGGCGCGCUAUGUUGGAAUUCAAGCUCCACAGUUCAACACAUACGUGACACUCAAGCUGCAGAAUGUCAAGUCGACGACGGUGACAGUGAAGGGUCCAACUCCAUGCUGGGAGCAAGACUUCCUUUUUGAAAUAAACGACAUCAACCUGGGCCUCCUGAUAGAAGUGUGGAACAAAGGUGUCAUUUGGGACCGCGCACUUGGCUAUCACUACCUUCCGCUUACAUCAGUUGCUUAUGACGAGCAAGAGUGUGGCGGUCGCUGGGUGGAAUUGGAGGCACAGUUGAUGAUGCGCGGCGGGGCCGUGGUCGGCACCACCGGACCCACGGGCCAUGCUCUGCUCCUCGACUGCAGAUUUGAACCGCCUUUUGACGCCGAAGGCACUGGCGGUGCAGAUCUGCAGCGAAAACUGGAUCUACUUAAUGGUGCCCUCGACGCGGAGCGAGCUGAACAGGCUCGGCGACAGCUGCAGUACGUCGCUCAUUCGGGUUACUCAGAGGACUCGGACUACACGUCUGACCUCAACUUCCCGGUGGGCCAGCACGCCAACUGCAGCGCAUCGCAGUUCAGAAACGCGGCGCAUCAAAUGCAUACGCCACAGAGAUCUUUGGAGGCGUCACGUGAAAAUUCAUACGAGAGAGAAGAGUAUCACUUGCACGGCGACACUGACCCAUUGUAUUAUAAUAGUCAACCUAGGACUAAUAGAAUAGACACGUGGUCACAGUUGCACGCGCAAGCGAGUGUUGAAUCGGCCAUAUCUUGGCGGACAGCCGCUGAUUGGCAAUCGGGAGGUAAAUUCUUUCAUUAA